ACCGCCCCACUGCAGAUUCAUGAAAACAGUCAACGACCCCUGUCUUCAAAUCCCACUUGUUCUGUGUCGCAUCCUCAUUCUUACCCCACCGCAUAAUUGCCAUGCAUUAGCAAAUCCACGGUUCCCCCAGUUAUGGUUAUCUCUUGACUCUCUGCAACUUGCUCUCCCUUUGACUCUCAUGAUCAAAUUUAAAGAGUAACCGGUGCCUAUUUUGUCGGCUUCUUCUCAAGUUGCUCGUCCUACUUCUGACUUCUGCUCCAGCAAGUCAGAUCACCUAUAAGCUCUCAAUAUGAGUCUGUGACUUGCUAAAUGUCCUUCUUUCUUGUAUCGAGUUUUUCUCUCGAGUAACAAAUUCUUGGAACGAUCAUGGAAAAAAAUCUCCUGUCUUUGUUCCAUAUAAUUGCUCCCUUCAUCUUGGUGUCGAUUCUUUCCCUUUCGUCUGAAGUCUGUCUAGGGAGGGUUCUAAGUGUUGGCAAGAUCUCUCCAGGAUUUCAAGGAUCUUAUAUGAGAUACAUAGACAAUGGUGGCAAGUUUCUCGAGUCAAACAGUGGAGAAUUCUCCUUUGGCUUCAUCUCUACAACAAAUGACACCUCAUUAUUUCUACUAGGAAUCGUCCACAGGGCUACCGCUACAGUGGUUUGGACUGCAAACAAAGGAAGUCUUGUUUCAGAUUCUGAUAACUUUGUGUUUGAUGAAAAUGGUAACGCCUUCUUACAGAAAGGAAGAUCCAUGGUCUGGUCUACAGAUACUAGUGACAAAGAGGUCUCGUCAAUGGAAUUGUUGGACACAGGAAACCUAGUUUUGCUUGGGAACAAUGGAAGCGUUGUUUGGCAGAGUUAUAGCUACCCAACGGAUACCUUGUUUCCAAAUCAAGUCUUCACAGAAGGAAUGAAACUUAUCAGUGAGCUUUCACCUCAUAACUUGACCUAUGUUCUUGAGAUCAAAUCUGGUGACGUCAUUCUUUCCGCUGAUUUCUUAGCUCCUCAGACUUACUGGUCCUUACAGAAGGAUAACCGCAAGACCAUUGAUAAAGAUGGUGGUCUUGUGGCUUCAGCAUCACUGACUGAAAAUUCCUGGAGGUUCUAUGAUAAAAACAAAUCCUUGUUGUCGCAAUUUAUUUUUGCUGGAGAUUCAGGGGCGAAUACCACUUGGGUUGCUGUUUUGGGAAAUAAAGGUUUUCUCACUUUCUUUGGUUUACAAAGUGAAGGUGCAAGGAGUGUUUCUCCAAUUAGAAUUCCACAAAACUCUUGUAGUACACCACAACCUUGUGGCCCAUAUUACAUAUGUACAGGUGAUAACAACUGUCGUUGUCCUUCUGUUCUUAGCUCUCGUUCGGAUUGCAAGCCAAGGAAUAUUGUCUCUUCUUGUAAUGACUCUAAAAGUUCUGUUGAGCUCGUGAAAGCUGACCAUGGAAUCCAUUACUUUGCGCUUGAUUUUCUUCCACCCUCUUCAAGAACUGACUUGAAUGGUUGCAAAGAUUCUUGCCUUGGUAAUUGCUCGUGCCUUGCUAUGUUCUUCCAUAAUAACUCAGGGAACUGUUUUUUGUUAGACAACAUAGGAAGCUUCGAGACUUCUGAUGCAAAUUCAGGGUUUGUUUCUUACAUCAAAGUCUCGACUUCAGGAAGCAGAGGUAGUAAUGAAAGGAGCAAGAAUCGCACCAUAGUUGCUGUGAUCUUUGCCUUAUCUACAUUACCUGUAAUAUUGGUUGUCUCUUAUUUGGGAUUUCGAUACUGCAGAAGAAAGCCAAAAUUGGAUGAUCCUUCUGGGGAAUAUUCAGAAGAUGACGUCGUCUUGUUGCGGAAUUUAACUGGCUUGCCAACUCGUUUUAGCUACAAAGAUCUUGAAAUAGCAACAAAUAAUUUCUCAGUGAAGCUGGGACAAGGGGGUUUUGGUUCGGUUUAUAAAGGGAUUCUACCGGAUGGGACUCAUGUAGCCGUGAAGAAACUGGAAGCCACUGGGCAAGGAAAAAAAGAGUUUAGAGCAGAAGUUAGCAUCAUCGGAAGCAUCCAUCAUCAUCAUUUGGUUAGGCUUAAAGGCUUUUGUGCAGAAGGAUCUCACAAGCUUCUUGCUUAUGAGUACAUGGCAAAUGGGUCAUUGGAUCAAUGGAUAUUCAAGAAAAGCGAUGGAGAAUUCAUGCUGGGUUGGGAUACCAGGUUUAAUAUAGCACUGGGAACAGCAAAAGGACUAGCUUACCUCCAUGAAGAUUGUGACUCCAAGAUUGUACAUUGUGACAUCAAACCAGAAAAUGUGCUUCUUGAUGACAAUUUCCUUGCUAAAGUAUCAGACUUCGGUUUGGCCAAGCUAAUGAAUCGUGAACAAAGCCGUGUUUUCACAACACUCAGGGGCACAAGGGGAUAUCUAGCACCAGAGUGGAUCACAAACACGGCUAUAUCAGAGAAAAGUGAUGUUUAUAGCUAUGGGAUGGUGUUGUUGGAGAUCAUUGGAGGAAGGAAGAAUUAUGAUCCUAAUGAAACUUCAGAGAAUUUCCAUUUCCCAUCUUUUGCUUUUAAGAUGAUGGAAGAAGGGAAACUGAGAGAUAUUGUUGAUUCAAAGUUGGAAAUAGAUGAAAACGAUGAAAGACUUCAUAAUGCUAUUAAAGUCUCAUUUUGGUGCAUGCAGGAAGACAUGUCUCGAAGACCUUCCAUGGCCAAAGUUGUUCAAAUGCUUGAGGGUCUCUGUGUUGUUCCUGAGCUUCCAACUUGUUACCCAUUGGGUUUUCGCCUUUACUCGUCUCUGUUUCAUCCCACCCGAGAAGGAGUUGAACCAUCAAACUUUAAUAAAGGUUCUUAUAUCUCUGCAGUUCAUCUUUCAGGACCAAGAUAACAAUAACGCAUUUAUUUGGUACCAAUGACACAGUUAGAUAUCUGCAAUGUAAAUUUUGUUGAGUUUCAUGAGGGAUAUAUAGUUAUCAGGUUUCAUGUUCAGAUUGUUUCCAGCGUUACAUGGUGAAAGCAAUUUGAUUAAUAUUUAUAAAAUACCA